CUCCAUUCUUCUCUCUAUUCUCCUCUCUUUCCAACAGACAAUUUCUCCCAUCCGCCACCAAACAAAGUACAUACAUUAAAAAUCAUGGGCGCUAUCCAGAACACACAGAUCGUCUUGGCUGACAGACCUGUCGCUGAUAUUGAUCCCAAGAAGACCUUCAGGAUGCAAAAGGUGUCGCUCUCGGACGAGCUGGGAUCCAACGAGAUUCUGGUCAAGGUCCUCUACGUCUCCCUCGAUCCCGCCAUGCGCGGUUGGAUGCGCGACGUCCGCUCAUACAUCCGCCCUGUGAGGAUCGAUGAGGUUAUGCGCUCAGCCAAUGUUGCCCAGGUCAUCAAGUCAAACAACGCUGAUUACAAGGUCGGCGAGCUCGUUCGUGCCACCUGCGGCUGGCAGGAGUAUGCCGUCCUCAAGCCAUCGGAGGAUCUUGUUAAGAUCAAGGCCUUCCCUGGAGUGUCUCCCUCGACCUACCUUGGCGUCUUGGGCCUGACUGGUUUGACAGCCUAUUUUGGACUGUUCGAGGUGGGAGAGAUUGCCAAGAAGGGUGGACCCAAUUGCACCGUGGUUGUUUCUGGUGCCGCUGGUGCCACUGGAUCGGUCGCUGCCCAGAUCGCUAAGCACGUCUUUGGAUGCCGUGUUAUUGGUAUUGCUGGCUCAGAUGAUAAGUGCGAUUACCUGGUCAAGGAGCUGGGAUUGGAUGUUGCCUUGAACUACAAGUCCAAGUCAUUCUUCAAGGAGCUGUGCGCUGCGACACCAAAGCUGAUUGAUAUCUUUUUCGACAACACUGGUGGAGACAUCUUGGACGCCUGCUUAAGACGCAUUGCAUUCAAGGGCCGUAUCAUCGUCUGCGGUGCGAUCAGCACGUACAACGAUGCCACCCCCAAGGGACCAGCAUACUACAGCGCAUUGAUCACUCAGCGUGCAAGAAUGGAAGGCUUUAUUGUGUUUGAUUACGCUAAACAAUACGGCAAGGCAACCGAGGAUAUGUCCAAGUGGAUCAAGGAGGGAAAGCUAAAGAGCCGCGAGACUGUUGUCCACGGUAUCGAGAACGCACCUGAUGCUCUUGUCAAGCUGUUCAAGGGCGAUAACACCGGCAAGAUGCUGGUCAAGGUUGCCGAGGAGAGUACUAACAGCAAGCUGUAAAAACAAAAAAAUAAGGGUGUCCUUAUGUUCCCCAAAUAAAAUAAUACCAAUACGUC